AUGAAGACGAAGCUUCCUGAUGGAUACGCGGAAUGCAACGUUUGCUGGGCCGAGAUCUACCCAAGCGCCAUAGCUAGGCCGGCACUGGCGCCCAUGCCACGGACUCCGGCUCCCAGGGGCAGCGAAUCCCACCGUGGAAAUCAGGCUCAUUCUGGCGGAGGGAGGAGUGAUCAUACUGGGAUAUCGCCAAAACAUACUCCAUUUGGGUGGUGGCAUCGCGCGUCGCUGCAUUCCGAAAAAUCGUCACAGAAGGGGAUCUCGACUCCUCGGACGCCUAGCUCUGAGAGGGAGAGUGCCCCGUCCUUGAAGAAGGCGGAUAUCAAAGAGAAAGACACCAGAGCGCCGCCAUCGUCAACAGGGCGCUGGAGAGCCCAUCCUGUUCCGCGUAAAAUAACAUCUCUCUUCACCAGUCUUAACCUCCGGGGAGGGCAGAGCCGCUUGUCCUCAUCCUACCAGCAAGACAACCAGCCAGAAAGUUCCACACCCAAGCACGAUGAAGCCACCUCGGCCCCUCCCACAGGCACGAACAAGAAAGGCACCGCGGACCUCUCAAAAGUAGCGUGGAGCUGCCGCUUGUGCGGUGCCAUUCUUUGUCCGUGGUGCACACAGCAAAUCCUCCUCGCGUUUUGCAUGGGGGAAGGGACGACUCCGAUGCAGGCAAACAAGCGGGCGAUGUUCAGGAAGGUGGUGAGGCAGAUGGAGAAGAAGGGGAUAUGGAAGUGGACGUGA